CGCAGGAAUCUCCUGUGCGCAGCAGAAAAAAGCCUCUGACUUAGUGAGGAAAACCAAAGCGGAGCAGUGGAUCAGUGGAGCAGUGCGCAGAAGACGCGCGGUGCCUCAUCCAACCAGCGCCGUGCAGUCACAUCAGACCGGAGUAAAGAAGGGAUCCGAUGAAGCCACUGCACGUUUAAACCGUUAAAGUGGAGACGCGUCCCAUUCCGUGCAUGCCAUGCUCUCUAUCCUCCCUGCGCAGUGGAACUAAUAUCGCCUGUUAUGACCGAUGAAUUCCGCGAAGUUGGCAGCAUUUGGGAGUGAGGAGUUGGACACGAGUGGGAAAGGAAAUCCAAGUGAAGUGGAUUAUUUCUAAUAACGAUGACUCCUCGGGCUGAUGUUGUGAAGUUUGGCUCCAGCAGAAGGACACUCGGAGAGGAGCGCUGCUGCUGCUGCUGCUGAACACUUUAUCUAAAUAUUUCAGUCCGAUCCUGAUCCCGCUUCCUAACAUCAACUCUGCAAAAAGUUGAGCUUUUAAUGAAACAACCAACAACAAAAACACUGGAUUUACACCGUUUUCCAGCUGAUUUGAAUGAUGCCUGCCUGUUGGACGGCACUUCACUGUCUAUUGGCAUUUCUACACAUCUGUUCAGGGUCUCGUCUUCGUCAGGAAGACUUCCCUCCUCGCAUUGUGGAGCAUCCUUCUGACCUUAUUGUGUCCAAAGGGGAACCAGCCACUCUCAACUGUAAGGCAGAGGGUCGUCCGGCCCCCACGGUGGAAUGGUACAAAGACGGGGAACGCGUCGAGACGGUUCGCGACAACCCCCGCUCGCACCGCAUGCUGCUGCCCAGCGGGUCCCUCUUCUUCCUGCGCAUUGUCCACGGACGCCGGAGCAAACCAGACGAUGGCAGCUAUGUGUGCGUGGCCCGGAACUAUCUGGGCCAGGCGAUCAGUCACAACGCAUCCCUGGAAGUGGCCAUUUUGCGCGAUGACUUCAGACAGAACCCUGUGGAUGUUAUGGUGGCGGUGGGUGAACCUGCGGUGCUGGAGUGUCAACCGCCACGAGGGCACCCUGAACCCACCAUCUCCUGGAGGAGAGAUGGAGUUACUCUAGAUGACAGAGAUGAACGUAUCACAAUCCGCAGUGGUAAGCUGAUGAUCACCAACACCAGGAAGAGCGAUGCAGGGAAAUACAUCUGCGUUGGGACCAACAUGGUGGGGGAGAGGGAGAGCGAAGUCGCUGAACUCACUGUGCUGGAGCGCCCAACCUUUGUAAAGCGGCCUAACAGCGUGGUGGUGUUGGCGGAUGAGAGUGUGGAGUUCCACUGUGUCGUUCAAGGAGACCCUGUUCCCACUACCCGCUGGAGGAAAGACGAUUCUGAACUGCCUAAGGGCAGAUUUGAAAUCCUCGAGGACCAUACUUUGAUUGUUCGCCAAGUGACCUCCUCAGAUGAAGGCUCCUAUACGUGCGUGGUGGAGAACAUGGUUGGGAAGUCGGAAGCAUCCGCCACGCUCACUGUACACGUGCCCCCAGCAUUUGCCAUACGGCCCAGGAACCAGGUGGCAUCAGUGGGCAGAACGGUCACCUUCCGGUGUGAGGCCACCGGAAACCCGCAGCCCGCUAUCUUCUGGCAGAAGGAGGGCAGCGAGAGUCUGCUGUUCUCUUACCAGCCACCACAGCCCUAUAGCCGUCUGUCUGUCUCCCAGAUGGGCAGCCUGACCAUUACUGAUGUUCAGCACUCUGAUGGCGGCAUGUACAGCUGCCAGGCUCUCAACAUCGCUGGCAGUGUUAUUACCAAAGCACUGCUGGAGGUCACAGACUCUGGCACAGACCACCCUCCCCCUGUGAUAAGGCAGGGCCCAGUUAACCAGACUGUUCUUGUGGACAGCACAAUUGUCCUGGGGUGCAAAACAGCUGGCCAUUCAUCUCCUACAGUCCACUGGAAGAGGAACGACGUGCUGUUGACGUCGGUGGACUCCCGCAUAUCCACAACCGACACAGGAUCACUGGAGAUUCGACAAACGAAGCUGGCAGAUACAGGCUUCUACACGUGUGUAGCUUCUAGUCCAAAUGGACAGGCUUCCUGGACGGCAUACUUGCAAGUGGCAGAGUUUGGGGUCCAGGCAGUUCAUCCCACAGACCCUAAUCUGGUUCCUAGCGCUCCAUUUAAACCUGAGGUGACCGACAUCAGCCGCACCUCUGUCAGUCUGUCAUGGAAAACCAACCCCAGUGCUGGAGCAAAGGCUACAUCUUACCUUAUCGAGGCGUUCAGUUAUACAUCAGGCAGCAGAUGGGUGACCGUAGCUGAGCAUGUGAAGACAGAGACCUUUGUCCUGAAGAACCUGAAGCCCGGAGCUGUCUACCUCUUCAUGGUCAGAGCAGUGAAUGCUUACGGCCUCAGCGACCCCAGCCCCAUCUCUGAUGCCGUCAGAACACAGGACAGCACUUCCACCAUGCAGGGUGUGGAUCAUCGUCACAUCGAGAGGGAGCUGGGCGAUGUCGUGAUCCACCUGCACACGCCAGCUGUUCUGUCAUCGUCUGCGGUCAGGCUGCAGUGGAUGGUCGAGCAGCAGUCCCCGUACACCCAGGGUUACAAGGUGCUCUACAGGGCAUCCGCCGCGCACGGCCAGCCCGAGGGUCAGUGGAGCGUCCUGGAUGUACGCAACCCACGGGAGGACGGCGUGGUGAUCAGUCAGCUGAAGAGAGGAGCCAUCUACGAGUUCAAAGUGCGACCGUUCUUCGAUGAGUUCCAGGGAGCCGACAGUGAGGUCAAGGUGGUCAGGACGUUGGAAGAAGCUCCAAGAAGAGCACCCCAGGGUGUUACAGUGACAAAGAGUGACACCAAUGGAACUGCCAUCCUAAUUGCUUGGAAACCGCCUCCAGAUUCAGAAGAGGCAGGAGUCAUCCAGGAGUACAAGAUUUGGUGCCUGGGCAACGAGAGUCGCUACCACGUAAACCAGUCGGUCGACGGCUCCUCCUCCUCCGUGCUCAUCUCCAGUCUAGCACCGGGAAUCCGUUACAGUGUUGAGGUUGCGGCCAGUAACAGUGCAGGACCCGGGGUCAGGAGCGAUGUCACGUUCUUUCAGUUAGACUCGGCGGGGCAGAUGAUGGACAUCAGUGAGGAGAGAGACACCUUCUCUCAGAUCUCAGAUGUGGUGAGGCAGCCAGCCUUUAUUGCUGGCAUUGGCGCCACCUGCUGGUUGGUCCUCAUGAUUUUCAGUGUUUGGCUCUACCGCCACAGAAAGAAGAGAAGCGGCCUGAGCAGCACAUACACCGGGAUCCGCAAAGUUCCAUCAUUCACCUUCACACCGACAGUUGCGUAUCAAAGAGGGGAAUCUGUGUGCAGUGCUGGCAGACCUGGCCUCCUCAGUAUGGGUGAACCUCUGAACCAGCUGUGGCUGCCAGACAAUUGGCCAAAUGCAUGUGCCAAUCACAAGGACUGUAGCAUCAACUGCUGUAAUAAUGGCAAUGGUACCAGUGACAGCAACAUGACAACAUACAGCCGGCCAGCUGACUGCAUCGCCAACUACGGAAACCACGCAGAAAACAAACAGGGCGGCCAGCUCGCUCCCGAGAUGGCCAUCUACAGCGACGUGAACCUCUCCAACAAGCUCAACGAGAUUAAAACCUUCAACAACGCCAACAUGGGCUACGUGAGUCCGGGGGGAGAUUCCGCGGCCAUGUAUGAGCCCAUCCCGUACGCCACCACUCAGCUCAUCCAGGCCAGCAUCAAGAGCAAAGCCUCUACUGGCGGCACGCUCGCGGAGCCUCUGGACAUGCCGUGCUGGAAGCAGCCCCCCAACCCUCCCCCCAUACCGAAGGAGAUGGCAGCACAGAUGCAGUACAACAUAAUGGAGCAAAACAUGUUAAACAAAGAUCACCUGCAGGGAAACGAGGCCAGGGUCCAUCCCAAAACCAUUAGCUAUUGCCAGAGCCGCGAUCACAGCACAGGAGGCUCCCACCACAGCUCAGACAGAGGCAGCAACAGCACCUCAGGGAGUCAGAAUCAAAAGAAGGGAAUGCGGGCCCCAAAGAUGCCAAAACAUAAUGCAGUAAGCUGGGGAGAGGCCCUGUCUGCUCCUCAUGCUAAUGCCUGGGACUGUGAUGAUUAUAGCCUACCCAUGGACAGAAGUUUUGAUGCAGAGGAGAGGAUAGAAACCUGUCCUACGCCACCUGUGCGAGGACCAGCCUCGUCCCCGCCUGAAGUGUCCUUUGGUCACCCACCUAUGACAUCACCACAGGGGGACCUGAAUAGUGACCUGCACAAUGGAGCUGAACACCUGAGCAGCCACCCUGGUCCUCUCUCCCCAACACACACAUACAGCUCCAUCCCCCUCUGCUUGGACACUGAUGAACAGGAGGAGGAUGAGGAGGAGGCAGAGGAGGAGGAGGAGGAGGAGACAGACGCAGAGCUCGCCGACAGCCGGUACAGCCAACACCACAACGGGCAGAAGCACAAACACCAGCUGCACCUCCCCACUCCACACAAGCUGCUCUUCCAUGGCCUGGACCAGACCCCAGCCUCCAGCACUGGGGAUCUGGACAAAUCAGUCACAGGCUCCAUGGUGAACAGCUGGGGCUCAGCAUCUGAGGACAACAUCUCAUCAGGCAGGUCCAGUGUUGUUAGCACCUCAGAAGGAUCCUUCUUUACCGACGGCGAUUUCAACCAGGCGGUGGCCUCUUCACGCGAUAUCGUAGGCCUGCGCAUGUGCAGAUACCCCGAGGAUCCAGGCCAGCGUCCCCAGCGUCCCAGCAGCCCGCUGUCCACAGACAGCAACAUGAGUCCUGCCAUAACACAUAAAAGACCCCGGAGACAUAAACCGAACCAGUGUGGUCAACAAGGCUGCCCACCCAAAGACGUCUUCAAUGAUGACACCUGCAUGCCCCUGAGCUUCUCCAGCCACAUGUCCCAUGGCGACUAUAAAGCGAGGGGGGCCACGCUGCCUCGGAUGGGCUCUGGGGAGGCGCGGGGUCGACGAGGCAGCGCUGGGACUCACAGGGUGAGAGAGGGCACAUUUGAGCAAAGGGAGAGCCAGGACAAGCACAAGAGUCCACUGGGAGGGAAAGGAAGUGGCAAGGGCCGACAGAGCUCAGAAUCUGGGGACAUCCUCCUGUACAGUCGCCCGUCUUUCCCAUCAGGUCAGGCUCAGAGGGAGUCUGACCAUCCCAACCCAUCCACCUUUAUGUCAUGUGGAGACUCGCGGACGAAACAGGGGGGACAGGAUGAAGAGUUUCUGAAAAGCUAAGAGGCGUUUUCAGCAAAUGAGGAAAAUCCUUCAAGUUGCUUCAGAUGAAGGACCUUUACCACGUGGGGGGAAAAAUAAAAAUAAAAAAUACUGCACAAUACAUGCUAUCAUUUUCUACUUCAAAUUUCUCAUUAGGUGUUUGAAAAAGAAAAAAAAAAACAAAGAAAAAAGAAAAAAAAGGUGCUUUCAUGUGUAAGUCUGUGGACUUCAGUUUGAUGCACUGUUUGUUUCUUGUUUGCUUUCUUGGGUGCGCAGCUUCCAGGAGCCCGAGGCACUGGUUGCUCACUGAAGAUGAAGACGAAUGCACAUUCGAUGACUGUCGUGGGUGUCUGCAAAAAUAUUGUCCAUGAGGACCACUCGACGUGGUCCACAUGAUCUUUGCUUGUCAAGUGUCUUGAUAUUUUUCCUGUAAUCGAUAUUCAGUCAUUGCCAGCCAUCCUGUAAACUGUCGAGAUUGUUUACUGCCACAGAAGUGCUUCAAAUUCAAAUUUUAUAGAGCGGUGUUAAUGUUUUAUAAGUGAUGUACAUCUUUGUCUUUGUAUUAUUUUUUUUUUGUCCUACUUUUGGUUAUAAAAGCACAAUCACUUAAUUUUAUUGUAAGUCAUUGUUACACAGAUUUCAGUCUGGAGGAAAUCAGUCGUUUCAUCAGGGUCGGUUUGGGGCCGAGAAAAUGAAUUGUUGAUUGUGGUUGCGCGUUCGGUUGUGUUCGUUAGAGCUGCUUUCAUUCCGAUUUGAACUAUCUGUUGUUUGUACUGAAGAGAUUUGCAUGCGGAUUCACCUGUAGGAGGUUUUUACUUCACACCUUAACUGCUUUGUUCAAGCCACCUCUGGGAUGAUGAAAAUUCUGGUCAUGGACUGGUUCCAUUUAUCAUUUCUCACCAACGCGUCAAUUUCUUGUUAAAAACUUUGUGUUCCCUUGACUCUGGGCAUAACUUUUGGAGCAGGGCUGGACAAUGCACCAUACAUAUUGAAUUACUCACUAUGAAUUCUUUCAAUAAAUAAAAUUGCCUGGAUUAAAGUGAGAACAGCUACAAAAAAAGAACCUACAACCAGUUUUCCUGUACAGUGCAGACUAUAGGUCCAAAUCCAUCAACUGGACACAUACCAGAUAUUAGCCAGUAUAACUGGCACUGUUUUUUAAAAUAUAUAAAUGUGUAUAUUAUUGUUUAUUUAUCUUUGCAUAGUUGCAUUUACAUUGUGAUAUAGAUUUUGGUCACAUUGUCCUGCCCUGUUCUGCAGGUUAUACAGCAUAUGGAACACAUAUGUCACUUUAACUACUCUGUUUAAAUAAAUAUUGCUGUUCAAUAAC